AGGCACAGUAGACGCAAAAUUUUAUAAAAUUUUCGACAGUUUUUUUCCGAAUGAGAAAUUUCUUCACCUUGUGACAGGAUGGGCAGGGAUCUUAAUUGUUUAGGAUUCACCAGGCAGACCGAGACAUUACUGUGCGGCGUGGGAGCGCAGAAUUUGAUAAAGGAAUGCAAACGGAGAAAUAUAUCGACUGAUGCAUUGCACAAGUUAACCAAGGAGGAUUUCGUGCAACUUGGUGCUGACAAAGAUCAAGCUGAAAGUAUAAUCAAUGCUUUAUGUAUCGCAAAAAAAAAACAAUGCAUUGUAAAGAUGAAACCUGAUGAUAGGAUAUCUAGUGGAGUGGAGAUACUGCAGUCAGGUGAGAGACAGUUACGUAUAAUUCAAGAUUAUGUGAAAUAUUGCAGAAUGAAACUACAAAAAGGAAGAAUAAACUUCUUUAUUGAUCCAAAUAAAGCUUUGAGUGCCUCUCAAAUUCUGUGUGUGCUUAUUGAUGCUACUCUUAAAGAAGUUGAUGAGGCUGAGUUGAAACUGAAAGAAUUGGAAGCAAUACUUUGAAAUCUCCGCUUCAGUCGUAUUAAGAUGGACGGCGGAGCGUACGGCGCGGGCAAGGCCGGGGCCCCUUUCGAUCCGAUCGCGUUCGUCCAGCGGCCGCAGGUCAUUCUGAGAGCGGUAUGCCUGCUUUUUGCAAUAAUCGUCUUUGGAUGUAUAAGCAGCAAGGGCUAUCUUCCAAAAGAUGGGAAAGAAGUUUGUCUUUACAAUGACGACAAUAACGCAUGCAACUACGGGGUUGGUAUUGGAGUGCUGGCGUUUUUGGCCAGUAUCGGAUUCCUUGCGGGUGAAUACCUGUUUGAACAGAUGUCGUCUGUCAAGACUAGGAAACAUUUUGUCCUCAUUGAUAUGGGCUUCUCGGGUUUCUGGUCUUUCCUUUAUUUCGUGGGAUUUUGUUACCUGACGAACGCAUGGAACAACUCACCAAGACCGAAGGAUGGAUACGGCGUGAAUAAUUUGCAAGCGGCUAUCGCAUUUUCAUUUUUCUCCAUCUUUACUUGGGCUGGUUGCGCUUGGUUCGCGUUUCAAAGAUUUAAGCAGGGUACUGAUGCGGCGUUCGCCCCGAGUUACGAGGCGGAUCCCGUCGGCGGUACAGGAUACACAAGUUAUCCUGAUGCCACUGACACCGCUUACCAAGAACCGCCAUUUGGUCAGCAGCAGCAGCAGCAGCCGCGAGGUAUGGGUGACUUUCAAGCCCCAGCUUACUAAAAGUCAUCCAUAGUCUAUCUACCAAAAUGUAUUUCCAUUGGAUGCACAGCGAACUACUUACGAAAGAAGAUGAUUUAGGAUAAUUUUUCAGAAAACAAUAUAUUGUUUUCCACCACCUGUGUUUUGCUUAAAGACUAAAGAACUUCAUUCGCUGAUAGGUCGCUGGGCAGCGCGUUGGUCAUAGAGUAAGUUUUCAUGGCAGGACGUAGAGGGAAGUUAUUUGUUAAACCGUGCUUCUUAUUGUUGACCACUUGUAAGUUACACUUAUCCAUACGCCCGAUGUCACAAGAAAAAAAGCGUUAGGUGUGUUUGAACGUCAUAUGCGCCUGGACAUGCGUUAUGACGGUGGCUACUCACCAUUUAUGUGGGAAGUAAAUAUAAUAUCUUAUAAAAUGAGUAACACUAUAGCAAAGCUCCAUAAAUAAGUAAGAACUAGUACGUGCACACAGACUAUGUAUAUUUUAAACGUUAUAACGUGUUCAUGAUAAACGCGACUUAAAUAUAACAAAUAACAUACAAUGCAUUGCGUUAUCAUGCAAUUAGUAUUAAAACGAUACACACGAAGUUUAGGAUUGAAAAUGCGAGUUUCGCGAAUAAGUCGACAUGUUUUAAUAUAUUAGUGAGACAAUAUCUAAGUUACUUAAGUUUAUUUACUUGUGUCGUAUCAGUUGCAAGAUAAUGGGAUAUUCCUUGCAGAAAAUAGCAUUAGCAAAUAUAACUGCACACUCGUGACUCGCGAUAAAUGACAAACCAAUGUUUUCAUUAAUAAAAAUUGGUAUAUGUAUCCAAAAUUAUAGUAGGCGUAACUUACACAAAUUAUCCGCGAUGUUAACUAUUGCUACAUUAGAUUUUUGUAUUUGAGUCGCUUUCUGUAUUAAUAGUUCAUAUGAAGGGAAGAGAUUUUUUAUAAGUGACACAUUUUGAAGAAAAAAAAUGUUAUUAAAUUUUUGUAUUUAAUGUGAUUCUUUACUUUCAGAAGUAUUUAUGGAAUCUCAGGAAUAUAUUUUCAAUUAUUCAUAUUAUUUAUUUAUUUAUAUUUUGUUAUUUAUUGUAUAUAAAGUGAAUGUAAAUCUCGAUAUGCAUGGUAAAAGUCUUGCAUCACUGGAAAUGUGAAAUUACUUUGCGAAUUAUUUUCUUCAUAUUGAAAAUAUGAAAUUACUUUACGAGUCUUUAUUUUCAUAAAUAUUUAUGGAAUCUCAAGAGUUUUCAAUUAAUCAUUAUUUAUUUUCCAUUAUAAUUAUAUUAUCAAUUAUUUAUAAUGCAUUAUUUAUUCUGCAAAGAAAAGUCAAUCUGUAUGUUAAAAGUUCUAGAAAUGUAAAAUUACUUUGUGAUUACUUAUUAUCUUAUUUUCUUAUUUUCAUAGGUAUUUAUGCAAUCGCAGAAAUAUAUUUUCAGUUGUUCAGAUUACUUAUUUAAUUAUUUACGAUUUAUUUAUAACGCAAGAUGGAUGUAAAUCUCAAUAUGUAUGUUAAAAAUCUCCUAGGGCUUAGGAUCGACUGACUCGUGUGCAAUGGCUGUUCACACGAAACUUCUCCACGUCAGUCCUCCAAGGCCUCACUGGAGUAUUUGCUACUACUGAACAUGUGAAACUACUUUGAUAAUAAUGAGUACGAACAUUAACAGAAAAAAUAUAUAUGAUGAUUUUAAUAAUCCUGAAGAUACGCGUUACAUCGAAUAGAAAAGAGCAAUCUUGAAUUGAUAUAAAUUCAAAUAAUUUUUCGUUUAGCGAGAGUAGCAGAAUAAUAGUAUUACAUAUGUACUUAUGACUUUAAAUUCAUGGUUUAAAGCAUUAUUUAAAUAUUCUUUCGUCGUAUGUUGUAUUAAACAAUGCGAACAUUGUUAAAAAUUUAUGCGGUAAUUUAGUAGUCUGAAAAUAUUCGAGAGAAUUAUACAUUCUAGACAUAUUACGAAUUGUACAGUUGAGUGUAGGAGAUUCUUUUAUUUCCAUUUGUGUAAAAAACAAUUUGAUUUUUAUACAUAUUAACGUUUCCGCCGAUCUCUUUCGGUAUAUCUAGUUUGCAUAACUCUUUCUCGAAGAAAAGACACCUACGAUAAGAUAUCCCGAUAACAUGGAAGACAUAGUUUGUGUAAAAUAUUACGUGAAGUGCAAUAAUAAUCAUUAUAUGUAUUCCUGAUAGUUCUGAAAAUAUCAUCCCCUUGAACGUGCGGAAUUAAUUACAGUGAGAAAAAAUAUUGUUCCAUGUUUAGUUGUACUAUUUCAUGUUUUCUUUCUUGUGGUUUAUUCGCUGAACUGCAUUCGAGGGGAUUGAAUUUUUAGAUGUCCACUCUUCUCAAAAUUGAUCUCUCACUUUGAAAUCUUAGCCCUUCUAAGGCCUUUCCGACAUACGCUGCCAGUAUUGAAAAUCUAUAAUAUACGUAACGUUAACUACAGAUUCUCAGUCCUGACAGUGUAUAUCGGAAAACAGCCUAAGUACAUAGCUAAUAACAUUAUUGACUAGCAGUAUGUGAUGACGCACAGCUCAUGUUCACAAAGAAGGGUUAAGGCAAUAAAUGCAGUCUCGAUCUUUAUCGUAUAUAAGAACAAAAGAAUAUGAUAUUGUGCUUUUGAUCUCGCGCCUGUGAAAUCAGAAGAAAUGGAAUAAUCAUACGGCAGAAUGUAAUGUAAUGUAAUGCUAUCAAAAAGUGUUUACUUACAAAAAUGUAAAGGAAUAAAAAACGUGUAUUGAGAUGUGAGUAUCGAUAACUAAA